AUGCACGUCUUCAAGGUUGAACAAAUAACCGGCCAUCAAAGUCGAGUCAAACGAGGAUAUGCUGCACGCGGCACAUACGCGCGACCAUCGUUCCAAACCUACGCCCGUCCUCAAACAUAUGUGAUGCCUGCUGUUCGACCACAGCCCUAUGUUCAGCCGCCGCCACCACCAAUCAAAAAGGCUAGUGACACGAUCGCAAUUUGUCUCCGCGGACCUCCAGGUCCACCAGGGCUACCUGGUUUAGAUGGAAAGCCUGGCAGUGAUGGAUUGCCUGGAGAAGAUGGUCCACCU